CCCCGGCACAGCCUUCGCUAUGGAUGGCUUGAAUGUCUCCAUUGCUUUUUUCUUCCUGGUGGUUGGGGUGUGCCAGGUGCUCAGGUGGCUUUCCAGGAGGCUGCUGUCCCCUGGAACACAUGGCUGCCUUGCCAGGGAAUUUGCUGGCUCGUUCCAGUUGUGCACGAGCUGCCUGGAGCUGAGGAUGCUGAUGGACAUCGGCCCCUGGAGUGGCGGCUUUGGCCUGGACGUGGUCCUGACCCUCCUCUUCCUCCUCUCCGCUGCCCACGGCGCCUCUUCUGACGGAGCCUCCGCCAACCCCACGGUGUCCCUGCAGGAGUUCCUGCUCCUCGAGGCCAGCCUGGCGGUCACAGUGGCCAAGCUGCUGGCCCAGGGUGUGGGUGCAGGGGCGGGCUGGGCUGUCACCCGGCUCUUCUGGUCCUGGGAGCUGACACAGCUCCACUUCAUCCAGAACCUGAUCGCGCCCGAGUGCAGCUCCUCCAUCCGCGCCUCCCUGCCCCACGCUGCCUUUGUGGAAGGCUCCUGCUCCUUCCUCUUCCACCUUGUGCUCCUCAAGGUGAGGCAGAGUCACCCCCUGUGCCGGGUCCCUGUGCUGGCAGCGACUGUCACCUUCCUGACCUACACAGCUGGACCAUUCACGGGAGCCUUCUUCAACCCUGCCCUGGCCACAGCCACCACCUUCCAGUGCUCGGGGAGCAGCUUCUGGGAUUACAUCCAGGUUUACUGGCUGGGACCCCUCGCAGGGAUGCUCGCUGCCCUCCUGCUGUUCCAGGGCAACAUCCCACGCCUCUUCCAGAAAAACCUCCUCUACAGCCAGAAGAGCAAAUACAGGGUGCCCAAGGCAAAGGUGACAGCAGAGCUGGAGGGUGACAAACCACAGAGGAAGAGGAAGGGGGGGAAGAGCAACUCAGAGCCCCGUGCCUGAGGCCAGGGGUCCUGGCAGCCCUUUUCCUGGGAAAGGGUUUCCCAGUGUGGAGGAUUUUGCUGUGCUCCUUCAGUCCUUAAAGCAUCACAAAGGAAUCUUUGCAGGCUCUUGAGCCCCUGAGCUCCUUUGGGAAUUGCUUUGAAAGCCGCCCUGGAGAGCCUGAAAAGUUUGAAGCCCACACUGCUGCCUCAGAGAGAAAACACUGAACGCUUUUGCAUAAAUUGCUGGUUGUCUUAUACUGCCAGGAAUCUUCGGGAAAGUUGGGACCAUUCCAUGGGCAGGCUUGAGCAACUCGGGGUUAUUGCAUCGUGCAGUGCCUGCAAUAACCCCACUGGGUCUCUUGCAGCUGUAAAAACAAAAUAUAAGCCAGUAACUGCCUUGGACACUUGGGAUAGGGAGGAAACAGGCUUUGAUCUUUCGAGUCAUCAAUGGAUGCUGGUUAAAAAUUGGUGGGUUUUGAGUUAAACUUGACCCGAAGUCCUUGAGUUGCACAGGCUGAACCUGGCAAGUCUUGGAGAGGAAUUAAAAAUGCUCCAAGGCAAGAGAGUUCACUGGCCACAGGAGACCCUGCUCCUCUGGGGCUGUGCUUAGCCUGGGUGUUGGUGCUGUAAAACAUCAAUAAAUGGUGCACAAAGGGUCUGUGGUUAGAACAAAAAAAAGAAAAAAGGAGACCCAGGCAGUUGCUGUGGUUGAGCAAGUGCAUCCCUGGGCUCUGCUCCGUGUCUAUGUGAAAUACUCCUAACUAUAAAAUUACAGUUUGUGGAAAAAAAUAAUAAAAAUAAAUGCUCUGUUUGGCA